AUGGGAAAGAAAGAUAAAAAAAGCAAAGAAAAAAAGGAAAAAAUAAAAUUAAAAAAAGAAAAGCAGAAGUUGAAGUCAUUAAAAACAAAAAAAAAGAAAAAACAAACUUUAAGUGAUGAAGAUUUUGAUAGUAUAUGUUUAUAUUAUGAAAAUUUAAAUAAAAAAGAUAAGUAUGGUCACAUAAAUAUAAACAAUACUUCAAAUAAUACAUUUGUGGAAUGUGAAAAACCAAGUCCUAGAUCUAACUGUUCUAUAACUUUUAUCAAUGAAGAAGAAUUUAUUUUAUUUGGAGGGGAGUAUAAUGAUAAUAAUGAAUUAGUAGUAUAUAAUGAUUUAUUUAAAUAUAAUGUAGUAAAAAAUAAAUGGAAAUAUUAUUUUACAACAUAUAAAAAACCGAAACCAAGAUGUUCUCAUCAAUCGGUUUAUUUUAAUAAAAAAUUAUAUAUUUUUGGUGGUGAAUUAUGUACAAAUACUCAAUUUUAUCAUUUUAAUGAUUUUUGGUGUUUUGACUUAAAAAAUAAUGUAUUUGAAGAAAUAGAAACAAAAAAUAAAAAAGAAGAAAAACCCUCCCCAAGAAGUGGCCAUAGAAUGAUUUUAUGGAAAAGUUGUUUAAUUAUGUUUGGUGGUUUUUUUGAUAAUGGAAAGUCAAUAGAAUAUUUUAAUGAUUUAUAUAUAUAUAUAGUAAAUUGUAAUAAGUGGAUAAAUUUAACAAAUGUUUAUACAGAUUAUUUAUUUAAAAGAUUAACUGAAAAUAACAUUGAUAAUAAUAAUAGUAAUAAUAUUGAAGGUUUCCUAUCAGAAAAAAAUGAAAAAAAAACUAAUAAAAAUUAUCAAAUACUAAAAGCUAAAUUUUUAAAAAAUUUUGAUUUGGAUUCCUAUAUGCCAUCCAAAAGAUCUAGUGUAGCUUUAUUUACGGAUACAAAAUUUCAAAAAAUAUAUAUAUAUGGUGGUUAUUCUCAAGUAAAAAAUACCUCUAGAAACGCUGUUGGGUUUUAUUACAAUGAUCUUUGGGUUUUAAACAUAAACUAUAUGAAUGAAGAUAAUAUUUCUGUAAAAUAUAAAAAAUUAAAAAAAAGUAUUUUUCAGCCAUCUAAAAGAAUUGGUUUCAGUACAUGUACAUAUAAAAAUUCUUUAAUUUUAUUCGGAGGUGUUUUCGAUAAAUUUGAACAAAGUAAUACAAAAAAUAAGAAUGUAUUAGAGGAAUCAUUAAACAUGAAGUCAAUUUUUUUUAAUGAUAUAUAUUUAUUUGAUAUGAAUAAAGAACAUUGGUCUUAUUUAAGUUUAAAAAAUAAAGAUGCAGAAAAUAGAAAUAUGAUUGGUAAAGAAAAUAAGAAAAAAGAAUUAGAGCAAAAUAAAUCAAGUGAAAUUAAUGCCAACAAUUAUGUACUAACUGAACAAGAAUCAAGUUUUACAGAAAAUAAAAAAGUUAAGCUCGAAUAUAAAGAUAUUUCUGAUAGUUAUGAUUCAAGUUAUUUAAAUGAUGACAAUAAUGAAGAAUAUUAUUCUAAUGUGUUUGUAUACUUUGAUGAAAACGGAAAUAAAAAAACUAUGAAAAUAGAAGAAGAAGAACUAAAUAAUACAAAUUUUAAUGAGAAAAAAGAAUGCGGCAGUUGUAUGGAAAACACAUUAGAUAAACAAAUGAUUAAUAAGAAUCAUAUAGUAAUGGAUAAAAUUAUUGAUAGUCAUUCUGUUUUUAUUCAAGCAGAAGAACAGAGAUAUUCAAAUGAGAAUAGCAAAAUUAAAGAUUUAAAUGAUAUAAAGGGAUUGAUAAAUGAUUCGAAAGAAUCAAAAGAUAUAGAUGAAAAUAUUAAGGAUGAAGCUAAUGAUGAAAUUAUAAAUGACUUAAGUAAUUCAGAUUCAGAUAGUAGUAAAAGCAAUAAAAGAAAAAAAUUUGUGAUAAAUGAUAUUGAACCAAUAGGAAGAAUAAAUAGUCAUAUAUUCAUGAUAAAUAAAAAUUUAUAUCUAUAUGGUGGUAUGUAUGAAUACAAGAAUAAUGAAAUUAUGCUUAAUGAUUAUUGGAAAAUCAAUAUAUUUAAAAGAGAAAAAUGGGAAUUAGAAGACAAAGGUAAUUUAGAUGAUAUUUAUGUUGAAGAAUCUGAUUCGAGUUCCUCUUUAUCAAUAGAUGAUGAAGAUAAGGAUGAAAAAGAAAUAGAGGAUCUAAUAAUUUGCAGUAAAAUUAAAAAAAUAGAAAAUAUAAUAAAAGAAGAAGACAGGGGAUUAGGCUUUGACGUGAAAGAAAAUUUAAAUGAAUUUUUUUUAAGAACAAAACAUUAUUGGUUAAAGCAACUAAAUAUAAUAAGCGAAACCAAACAAAAUAGAAAAGAUGCUUUUAUUUUGUGUGAAAAAAAAUACAUAACUCUAAAAAAAUAUUAUAAUGAAAUUCAGAAAUAUAAAGAGUUAUUAUAUGCAGAAGAAUAUGAAAGAAGUAUAACUGAAGAUAAUUUAAGUGAGUAA